UCCGAAUCGGAGCACCGCAAGCCGGCCACACCGAGCAACGGCGACGUGCCGGGGGGGGGGGUUCGGACGAACCGAGCGGCGGAACGGCUCCACUCCCCCGUGACACCGGCGGCUCGCGUCAAAAGGUCAGACGGAAGAACCGGAACCGAACGUGUGGAGGCUUCCGUCGUCGUAGUUUGGGCGCCGCUCGUGCAGUCUGACCAUGGACGGCACUCGCGAUGGGGUUCGGGUCGGAGAGAACAAGUUCAUCAGCAAGGCGACCAUCCUCUCGCAUCUGAAAACGUACAACCUUUACUAUGAAGGGCAGAAUCUGCAGCUCAGGCACCGAGAGGAAGAGGGGGAGCUGAUCGUCGAGGGCCUCUUGAAUAUCUUUUGGGGCCUGCGGCGACCGAUCAGGCUUCAGAUGCAGGACGACCACGAGCGCAUCCGACCGCCUCCCUCCUCCACGUCCUGGCACUCGGGUUGCAUUCUGGACAGUCACGGCGCAGACGGUCAACAGAAGCCACACGCGACUCCGCCCGCCGUGGAGGUGACGCCGCCCGACAACCAAUCGGAAGACAACGGCGCGAUGGAGCACGCGGAAGAGGAAAGCGAGAACUCGGCUCAGCUCCUCAGAACCAAGAGCGACGCCGGGGUCCUGAGGCGGGCCCACCGCCGCUCACCCAGCGACCAGAGGAAGAUCCGACGCCAUCGCUUCUCCAUCAAUGGGCACUUCUACAACCACAAGACGGCCGUGUUCACGCCCGCUUUCGGCUCGGUGACCAACGUCCGCAUCAACAGCUGCAUGACGACGCCGCAGGUCUUGAGAGUUCUCCUCAACAAGUUCAAGAUCGAAAACAGCCCGGAUGACUUUGCGCUCUACCUGGCCCACGCCAGUGGAGAGCGAGUGAAGCUGAAGCGCAGCGACUUCCCUCUGGUUUUGAGAGUCUUGCAGGGUCCAUGUGAGCAGGUGUGCAAACUGUUCCUCAUGGAGGAGGACCUGGGAGAAGAAGUCACUUACGAUGUGGCGCAGUAUAUCAAGUUUGAGAUGCCCGUGCUGCAGAGCUUCAUCACCAAGCUGAAGGAGGAGGAGGACAGGGAGGUGCAGAAGCUGAGGAGAAGGUACAACGUCCUGCGCUGCAUCCUCGAGAAGCAGCUGGGCUGCCUCCCCGAGGGUCCCGCAUGCAUGUGAACGGCGACGCGUGGGACGACCGCAGGCUCCGAAACGCGUCUCGGAGCGACCGUUUGGUACGCCGUCCGCGGCCAUUUUGCAGCGCAAAACGUGACUCAGGGAAGCUGACGAACUCGUCAUCAUCGGGCACCGAUUGGCCGGCCCGCCAUUUUUUUUUUUUUUUUUUUUUUGGAAAUAACGGAUCGUCUCAUUUGGAGCCUUUCCGAGCAGACUUUGCGCGAGAGGCAGGACACGCCCUGGGGAACCUUCAGAGAACCGAAGUCCCUGAAGAAAAUGACACAAGCCCAAAGGGGACAUACAGCCCAUAUUCAAACCCCGGCCUGUUGACUGUGACCCGGGCCUGUUAACCACUAGGCCACGCCGAUUGUCUCGAGCCUGUUUCAAGCACAAGCAUCGUGUCAAGUGCCUGCUAAAAAAAAGCUUCCUCUUUACCCACAAUGCACUGGGCAGCUUUUUGCAGGGGGUACUCCGAAAUAACGUACGCCCUCAUUCAAAUAAAUGAAAAAUGAUGAAUGUCAUGUUGACACGUUGAAAGCACAACCCAAGACCGCUCGUGUGUGUGUGUGUGUGUGUGAUCCACACACGCUCAGAGCGCAAGUGGAAGUAGUUCAGUAAAGGUGCUGCACGCCACGUAGACAGACAGAAGGCCAGACGGCAUCAAGUUGGGUCGUCCUUGUCUGUUAUGAAAUAAUGGUCGCCGAGCACAAAACCCUUAAGCCGCUUAAAGGUGUCCACUACGCGCGCUGCCCGCAGAGGACAUAUUUUAGUGGUUUGGUAGGUAUCUUUUUUUUUUUUUUUUACUGUUUUUACCUGUUAGUGUAGUUGUUCCAGUCCGUGCAAAUGAGUGAACGUCAUUGUGAGCAGGUGCAUGCUUUGUUGCAAAACUUUUUUUUGAUUUUUUUUUUUUUUUUUUGGAUGACUUCUUAGUUAAAGUAAACGAAAUGUUGAGUCUUUCCUAUGUGAACAAUUCAUAAUGACGUGAAAAUGUAGGGCUGAGGUGGUUGAGUAAUGAUUGUAAUUUAAUUAAAAAGAGUUUUGA